AUGGCGUGUCCUGAGACAUGCUCUUGUUUUCCCUCUUGCAGACGUGUGGUGCGUAAAUCCAUUGCCAGGGUCUUGACUGUCAUCAAUCAGACCCAGAAGGAGAACUUGAGGAAGUUCUACAAGGGUAAAAAGUAUAAGCCUCUUGAUCUGCGGCCUAAGAAGACUCGUGCCAUGCGACGCAGAUUAAAUAAGCAUGAGGAGAAUCUGAAGACCAAAAAACAGCAGCGAAAGGAACGUUUGUACCCUGUCCGGAAAUACGCCAUCAAGGCAUAAAACUGCAGUGCCCGAAACUCUUUAAUUGUGUUGGAUGAGUAUGUCUCAUUAAAUGGAAUUUUGUUUGGAA